UUGCAGGCUAAAUUGGAUAUAAUUUAUAAAUCGGAAAAAUAAGAAUAGAGAUGUCAGGUGCUUCUUCGCUGAGUUCAAUUUAUGGAGAUGAGGAAGGAGCAGACAAUCAGGAUGAUGAAGAUUUCGAUUUUUAUGCGGUCUUAAAUGUACCUAGAGAUGCAACACUGGAUGAAAUUAAUAAAUCAUAUCGGCAAAAAUGUUUGAUAUUCCAUCCAGAUCGACACCUUGAUCCGGAUGAAAAAAAGGAUGCCGAGAAUUUUUUUUGAAAUUACGCAAAGCCCAUGAAACGCUUUCCGAUCCUAAAAUGAGAGCGAUUUAUGAUACGGUUGGACUGCAAGGACUCGAACUGCAUGGCUGGGAACUGAUUCCUAAAUCUGACAGCGCUGAGAAUAUUAGACGAGAAUAUGAAUUUCUUAAACGUUUACGAGAAACCGAAAUAAUGCUACAACGGGUUCAUCCUUCAGGCUUAUUUGUCUGUAAAACAUCAUUGACGGGAAUUUUUGCUGCGAAUCCUGAACUAAGAUGUCCUCCUCAAGUAACCGGUCUAUCUCUAUCCCAGAAUAUCGAAUGUGCCAUGACAGCAAAAGACAAAGUGGGUUUAAACGGUCGUGUUAAGAUGAAUAAUGGUAAAGGUGAUGGAUCAUUUAUGUUGCACUGGAAAAGAGUGGUCUCAUCAUCCUGUCUGAUUGAGUUCAACACAACUGUAACACCAGAUUCGAUAUUGCUAGGAUGCAAAUACGCCAAAAGUAUAUAUUUGAAAAAUGCAAUUGUGAUACAGCCUUCAGUGCAAUAUUUCCCACUUUAUUCAGCAAUCAAUCCGGGCUGCACUUUUAUCCUCUCUAGGAAUCUACAUCCAUGUUGGCAAGGAUCUGUGAUAUAUCACUGUGGAUUGCAACCGUCUUUGACAACAUCUCUGAUUCAUACCGAAUUGAAUAUGCCAAAGUUCCUCAUUAACUUGACGAUAUCACCAGCAAAUUCAAAUAUUCGGAUGGUUUAUACAAAGCGAAGUUUAGAACAGGACUCAUUUACCGAAACUUCGUUCAUAUUUUCAUUAAUGGGUAUUAUGCCAGCAGUUGCAUUUGAAAGGCGUUUGUCAAGAUAUUCCCGGAUAGGAUGUAAUUUGUCAUUUGCUUUUCCUUCUUGUCUUUUGCAAGCUAAAUUCAGAUUGAAAACGGGUACCUCGGUUUACGAUUAUCAAUUUCUCUUAUGUGAUAGCGAGGAAGAUCUAGCACGUUCAACUUUAUAUGGUGUUAUUGUGCCGAUUGCAGCUUUUUAUUUAUUGAAAGGAGUUUUUCGACAUGCAUACGAACGUUUCAUGUCGUUGUUUGAGGACCACUCGGAAGAGCGACAGGUAGAUGCUGUUAAACGUGAAGAAGCAAGCAAUGUCAUAGAUCUGAUGAGACGUACAGCGGAACGAAUAGCGAAAGAGGAAGAACAGAAACACGGUUUAGUCAUUGUUGAAGCGAAAUAUGGUCAAAUGGUCGGAGUAGGUCAUAAUGCAUUGUCAUAUCCAUUGCUAGGCGACCGUAUUGUUGACGUCACAGUGCCGUUACAAGCUAUGGUUAAUGAUUCGCAGUUGAGGAUAUACUCUGGAAAAAGUCAAUUACCGGGAUUUUAUGAUCCUUGUCCGACAGAAUCGAAAAUGCUACGAGUCGUUUACAAAUAUAGAGAUCUAAUUCAUUCUGUAUCAGUGCCGGAUGAAGUUGCUUUGCACAUACCAAUGAAGUGUUAGUUUCCUUUGGAGAACGUCCUCUGCAAAUUUUCC